UCCUUUUGCUCGGCCGCCUCCCUCACUCCAGUUCUCCUCUCUCCCCUCUUCUCUCGUCGAUCUCCAUUCUCCCUGAGGCCUCAUUUUCCGUCGCCCCUCCGUCGCUACUGUCUCCGUCUUCCGUCGCUGCUGUCUACCGUCUUCCAUCUCCGUCCGCCGCUGGUCGUCCGUCGCCGUCUAUCGCUGCCGUAUUCCGUUGCCGCCGGUCCGCCGUAGUGAGGUCGAUCAUUGUUUCAGUCUCUGCAAUUUCACUCACUCUCGCCUCGCCUAUUCAAUUCUCCUUCGCCUUCUCUCUCUCUGAAGCAGAAUCACAGCUUGCCGCUUCGAUUCUCCCUCGCUCUCAAUCUCUCUGAAAGGAAUCCUCCUCAAUCUCACUCACUCGGCUUCUUCAAGUUGCCCGCCUUUCGAUCUGCUCUCCAUCCUUCCCCCAGCCUCCAUCUCAGCCCCUCAAAUUCCGGCGAUUGACGCACAGCAAGUGACUGCAUAAAUUCGGCAACCUAGCGACAGGUCGGGCAUAGCUGAAGCUUGAUAGGCUAUAUUAAAUACAAUCAUGCUUAAUAUUGCGACUGCAUUUUGCAAAAGACUGAAUGUCAAGGAUUUGGUUACCAAUGUUCCUGUAUAUAGCAGUUUUAGUGAUGGAGCUGCUGUUGGAUUAAGCUUAUUAUUCAGACGUUGGGCUACCAAAAAGACAGCUGGGUCGACUAAAAAUGGACGAGACUCAAAACCCAAGAAUCUUGGGGUAAAGAAAUUUGGUGGGGAGAGAGUUAUUCCAGGUAACAUUAUUGUCCGUCAACGAGGCACCCGUUUCCAUCCGGGAAAUUACGUUGGAAUAGGGAAGGAUCACACGCUUUUCGCUCUGAAAGAAGGCUGCAUCAAGUUCGAAAAGCACAAGCUCAGCGGACGCAAGUGGGUACAUGUUAUUCCAAAGGAAGGACACGUUCUUCAUCCUGUUUAUGCAAGUACUGCUUCAGAAUUGAAGACAACUGCAUGAUAUCAAGCUCUCUUUCAUACUGAAAUGCUUGAAUUUACCCAAAAACACGAUGAUGGUAGUGAAUUUUGCAGUAGCUUUUCAUGAUCGAUGUUGGGUGAAUUCGAAGUUGUUUUUCUACCUCCUCUGCCUGGAAAUUUUUUUUUAGUGAUAUUUUCUUGAUUGACAAUAGCAGUAUGUAAGUGCCUGGGAAUGUUCAUUAGCCCAGACAACAGUUGACUGAUUGUAUUGUAGGCAAUAAUUUGUUAAUCAGCUUUGAAAUUUUUAGAAGGGUUAUAAACGAGCUUUUUUAUGGAUUUUCUAAUGAUAGAUCCACUAUUUAACCA